AUGUCCAACAAACACUCACAGCAACAACAGCGAGGCUCAUCAUCAAGCUCUCAACCUUCCCGAAAAAAGCAAAAUCAAAACAAACAGCACCAUUCAACGAUGAAAUCAUCAACCACAACAUCAUCAUCAUCGGGAUUUGAUGUGUUUAAAAGCGCAGUAAACUCGUCCAUUCAGUUCGGAAAGGAAUCCAUCUCAGACUUGAGAAAAAGCAUCCUAGAUACAAGCUUUAAUUCAACAGCACUUACUGAUGAAAGAGAUAGUGAUGAUGAAUUGUAUAGAUCUGCUCGGAGUGUAUUUUCAAGUACGUAUUCAUCCAAAGGAGGAAAAAGUACCAAAGUGCAAUACGAAUCAAGCUCUGAGAGUGACGUGUCAUUGUGGGAAGAUAGAGAGAUGGUUCAAAUUCAAAGCGAUUCUCUUGUUAAACGUAACUUAACAAAUCUAUAUGCCACGUUACGGACCAAGCAAAAAGAAAGACAAAGAUUGGAAGAAUCUGAAAAUUUCUUCUUCACUGAUGACUCAAGUUUGCAAGCUGAAUCGUUAUUACAAAAUGAGCAAGCUAAUCAGAGAGACAUUGAAUUGGGGGAGAAUGAACAUCCUGAAGACGCAGAAUGGAUCAAAUUGUUUGAAACCUGUAAAGAAAAACUUGCCAGUAUUGCUUCUGGAAUUGUUGAAUUGAAAAAGCUGCACCAACAACAUGUCAAAUUCACGGUACAGAAGGAUUUUGCCUCUGAAGAGGAGGAAAUCAAGGUGUUGACAAACAACUUGAAACAUUCCAUGGCGUACUGUAAGAAACUCAUUGAUCAAUUUGACAAGUAUGCGCUUUUAGCAAAAAAGAAAAGGAGAAAACAAUUUAAAGUUGUGAUCACAAAUGCCAAAAAGUCACUCUUUACUUCUCUCAGUGAACUAUCGACCGAUAUGCAAAGAGAGCAACGAUCAUUCCUCGACAAGUUGACCCAACUCAAAUCCAAGAAAAAAGAAUUGCAAAGAAUUCAUACUACAGAUACAGUUGAAGAAUUCUCAAAAGAGGAACUUGAAAGAAUUGAAGCCAUAGAACAGCGAUAUUAUGAACCUAAUGUGACACAGGAACAGGUCGAAGAAUUGGUGAGGCGUGAAAGAGAAAUUAUUCAGAGAGAUCGAGAGCUCAGAGAAGUAUUGGCAUCUAUUGUCGAGCUUCACGAGUUGUUUCAACAAAUCUCUGCACUCAUUAUUGAACAAGGUUCUCUUCUCGAUCGAAUUGAUCACAAUAUUGAAAUCACACGUGAACACAUUGUUGAAGGCAAUGAGAAUUUGAUAGAAGCAGAAAAAGCUCAAAAAUGUGGCUGUUUUAUGUAUAUUAUCAUUUUCCUAUCAGUAGCGGUUGUAUUUUUGGCUUUCUUGAUCAUUAUCAAGUUGAGGUAA